AUGUACACGAAAACGUUCUGCGGCUUCUGCACGAAAGCCAAAAAUCUCCUGACCGACGUCAAAAUCCCGUAUAAGGUUGGUUUCGAAGGCUAGCUUAUUUUCAGCUUUUAAAACAAUUUUCACCUGCUUUGUUUUUCACUUGGAAAAUUAUUUUAACUUUUUUCAUAGAUUUUUUCCGUUUCAAAAUAUGAAAAAAGGAGAAUCAAAAACGCCCUUUUUUCACGGAAAAAGUAGCCGCCAGUGCUAUGAUUAUCGGCGCUUUAUGGAUUAACUUUAGCCGACUAUUUUCUCAAGAAAAGAUUCAGUAAUCAAUCAAUCAAUCAAAUCGUUUAUUUUGUUGUUUUAGUCUGAUGUAAUCGACUAGGCGGUGAACAAGAACUUUAAAAGCUAUAACGAACAACCGCCUUUGGCGAACUAGAAGUCCACACGUGUAGUCGAAAGAGUUGAAAGCAUGGUCUUACGGUCCUUCGUCUCGUCCUUCUGCGCGUAGUCCAUCCAGUUGCGCCUUGACGAGCUCAGAAUGUAGUGGAUGUUGAGCUGGAGCCCGGAGACCGUGCUCUAGGUGGAAGCCUCAGAAUGAGAGCGACCACUUCGAGUGAAGAUUUUACACGGAAUAAAUGACAAAAAAAUUUGGAUUUUCGAUUCUUUACGACACAAGUCAUUCGCGAUAUUUUUUUCUGCUUUUUAAGGGAAAAAAUAGCUGACAUAAUCAUGAUUAUUUCCAGGGAAAACUUAAACUGAAGCAAAAUUCAGAGCGUAAACUGAAAAUUCUCGAGUUCUAGUUAUAUAUUUUUUUCUACACAUUGCACUUGGCUUUUCUUUUUUUCAAUUUUUUCCGCUAUUCUGCGGUUAAAAACUAUCAAAAUUGUGCAGGAAGUCAACCUGGAUACGUUGAAAAAAGAGCUGGCCGAUCAGGAAUAUACGAGCCGCGUGAAUGGACUUGUCUACACGACUCAUCAGACCACCGUUCCGCAGGUGAUUUUCUGGAAUUGUUAACAAUUUUUUUGGAUGUAUAGGACUUCCGGACUAGACGGUCACUUUUUGAAAGAUCAUUUAGGAAAAAGCUAUUUUAGAAAAAGCUUCUUUCGCAACUUGGCUCUGCGAAUUGCGAAAAAUACAGCAAACAAUUGAAAUUUGAAAAACAAUACAGAAUGAAUUGAAGCACCGUGAAGUUUUUUUAUAUCACGGGGGGUUUUUGGAUGAAGUUUUUUUUAACACCUUUGAGUAUGUCGAAAUGAUUACGGAAAAAUCGAUAAGUGCAAAAAUAAUUGAGUUUAUUUCGUAUUUUUUUCCUUCUUUUUUCAUUAAAAAUAUGAAAUAAUCCAUCUUCAGCAGUUCGCUUAUAAUUUUAAUUCAUUGCUCACGAAAUUCUGUUGAGAUCUUCAUCUGCGGCAAGUUUGUCGGCGGCUUCACAGAACUCGACACGAUGAGAAAGGCUGGGAAACUGCUGGAAGCUGUUGCUCAAUGCUCUGGCGAGAACUCGUCCAAAGAAGAAUGA